AAUGAAAUGGGCAGAAAUAAAGUGAAGGGAUAAACCAAGUUGGUGUUAAGAGAUAUGACACACUCUUAUCUUAACUUGGGGCUUUUAUCUUCUUUUACACAUUAAUAAUCACUACUAAUGUAUAAAAUUAGACUCCUAACACGCACUCAAAAGUAGCCAACUUUAGAGAUAUUUCAUUAGGAAAUUUGGUUAAAAUAGCAUCACACUAUUUUAAAGAAUUACUCAAAGAGUAAAACAAAGCUUUUCCUAAGCUUGGGUACAUCAUUUGGUAUCAAAGCUAGUUGUUGCACAUCUCUCAAAGACCAAACACACUUCCCCAACCCCCUCCAACAAUUCGGCCUAACUACAUUCAAACCCUAGUCCCAUUUCAUCACUUAUCCUAUCAACCAUGUCAAACCAAUCCCGAAGCAUGUCUCAUGAAGAACUCGUAGCCGCAAACGCUACCUUGCAAGCUCAAGUGGAAUACCUAGCCAAAGAAGUGGCUAAGCUCACAAAGCAAAAGAUGUCCAUGCUACGAGAUAGUGAAGAUGAAGAGGAAGCUAGCUCUAGUGUCACCAUGAGAACUAGGGCUCACGAAAAGUCCCAUUCUGACUUCAAAGUUGAUAUUCCAAUCUUUGAAGGAAAGAAUGAUCCGGAUGAAUUUCUUGAGGAUGAUGCUAGCACCAGUAGCACCAACAAAGCCAAAACUAAUGACGGGUCUGACUUCAAGGACCAUUCGCACGCCUCUAAAAGUAAGUUGUUCAAGCUCAAACUCCAUCCUCUUUCUUCCUCUAAAUCCACGGCCAGAAUCCACACUCCCUCUCACCCACUCUCCAUUUCAACCAUGUCAAAUGAAUCCCGAACUAUGUCCCAUGAAGAGCUCAUUGCCUCAAAUACAGCCUUGAAAGCCCAAGUAGAGUACUUGGAUAAAGAGGUAGCCAAGCUUACGAAGAUGAAACUCAACGAGCUCCAAGGAAGUGACCGUGAAGAAGACGUUAGCUCUAGUGGAACCAUGAAGCCUAAAGCCAAUGAAGGUUCUGACUUCAAAGUUGACAUUCCAACUUUUGAAGGGAAGAACGACCCGAACGAGUUCCUCGAGUGGCUAGAAACAGUGGAACGCGUCUUUGACUUCAAAGACGUUUCCCACAAAAAGAAGGUCAAGAUAGUGGCCUUAAAGUUCCGGAAGUAUGCAUCAACUUGGUGGACUAAUACGUGCACCAAGAGGAGAAGAAACGACAAAGAACCGGUGUCCACGUGGGUAAAGAUGAGGUCCCUUCUAAAGAAGAAGUUUUUACCCGCCGAAUAUGUUCGUGAGAAUUUUGCUAAGCUUCAAACGCUUAGGCAAGGUUCUAAGUCCGUUGAAGAAUACAACCGGGAGUUUGAAGAGCUCUUGCUGAGAUAUGACUUGCAAGAAGAUGACGAACAAACCUUUGUUCGUUACUUAUUCAGCUUAAACCUACAAAUAGCCAAUACGGUGGAGUUGCAAAGUUACGAUUCUCUAGAAGAACUCACGAAGUUGGCCCUCAAAGUUGAAGCUCAACAUAAGAAAUCCAAAGCCUUUUUCUCCAAAAAUAACACCCCUUCCCCACGACCCUACUUCUCCACACCCAAACCACCUUACCCUUCACCAAAAUUACCUUAUACUACCCCCAGGAACCCCACUACUGCCCACGGCCCAAACCCCUCCUCCUCCACCCCAUCUACCUCAAGAAACCCCUCAUCCUCUUUCACACCCCGAGCGGAUCCCACCAAGAAAGCACCCGUUUGCUUUCGGUGUCAAGGACAAGGAUCAAGUUUCGGGCUUGAACGAGCUUCCGAGAAGGUAAAAUCGACGUUCGGGCCGAAAAUCAAUGAAAUUGGGCCAAGAUCUCGUAACAGCCGCGAAGCCCAACGGACCAAGGCCUCAAGGUGUCCAACUUGGACGCUUGGCCAAGUUGGACGCUUGGAGUUGGACGCCUUGGCUAGAUUGCAGACCAAGGAAGACACGUGGCAAAACCUGGUUGGCCGGAGCAGCUCAAGCGUCCCGAUCUGGACGCCUGGACUUGGACGCUUUGACUUGGACACCUCGGCCUCUGUCCUAUAAAUACAGCGCAAUUCUCCCCAUUCAACACAUCCCUUUCACUCCCAUUUUUGGGAAUUAAGCUUUAUAUCCCAA